AAAACGGAGGCGCGGGCUUCAAAAAGAUGGCGGCACGCUCGCGGCGCCGCCCCUUGCUACGGGAGACGCGGUCUUGCAGUGAGUCUAGCGACUCGCCGUUUUCUUUUACUACCUCCAUGGAGUGGGACACUCAGGUGGUGGAUGGGUCCUCCCCUCUGGGCCCUUCCGGGACUGAGGUGGAGGCGUCACUCGUCGACCUGCGGCCUCCUGCGUGGCUGGAACCAGAGAGGUGUGCCGUGUUCCACUGUGCGCACUGCCACGCGGUGCUCGCCGACACCCUGCAUCUCGCCUGGGAUCUGUCCAAGUCUCUCGGGGCCGUGGCUUUCUCCCGAGUCACGAACAACGUCGUUUUACUAGAGCCCUUUCUGGUUGGCAUUGAAGGUUCUCUCAGAUGCAGCACAUACAACCUUCUGUUCUGUAAUUCCUGUGGGGUUCCUGUUGGUUUCCAUCUGUACUCCACCCAUGCUGCUCUGGCUGCCCUCAGAGGUCACUUCUGCCUUUCCUGUGAUAAAAUGGUGUGUUAUCUCUUAAAAACAAAGACCAUAGUAAAUGCAUCUGAGAUGGAUAUUCACAAUGUGCCUCUACCAGAAAAGAUUACAGAGCUGAAAGAGAAGAUAAUGGUAAUGCAUGCUCGUUUAAAUUCACUGAUAGAGAUUUUGAAAGAAGUGACUCCUCAUCAGUCUAAUCAAGAAAAGUGAAGAAACAAGGGAUAAAAACAGUAACCACACCUAUGAUGAGGAUCAAAUGAAUUAAAGAAUACUGGAACAACUGGUUACAGCCCCCCCCAAGAAAAAAAGAAACUGAAUGCUGUCCUAUGAAAUCAGUCCGGACAGUGUAAAGAUCUACAUGUUAAAAAUGAAAAUAGAAAGCUUUUAAUCAGAACCCUGAAGAAAAUCUUCAUUAUCUCACAGUAGAAGAAAGUUUCUUAAGAUAAACAUGAAUUGUUUGAUGAAGAGGACAGUACUUUAAAAUACAGAAUUUCGACUAAGACAACAUAGAGUGAAAAACUGCAGAAACAGCAGAAAAUGUCACACAUAAACAACGAAAGUCCAGAAUACAGAAGCUAUAGACCAACUGCUAUAUAUCAGAAAAAACAACCCACUUAAAAACUGGCAAAAUAUUUGUGCAAGCAUUUUAAAGAAGGCAUUGGGCUGAGGGAUACGACUCAGGUAGAGUACUUACUUUGCAUCAUGCAGAGGCUCCCACACUACAGAAAAGUGGAAAGCUUGAAAAGUGUUACCCAGCUUCACUACUGACAACCAGAAAAUAACAUCAAAUAAUUGGUGAAAAUAAAAACAUGAUGUAAAGAUGAGGAGAAAGAAUUCCUGUAAGCUACUUGUACGAGUAACACCCUGGCACAGCUUGUGGGAACUAAAGACAUAAUGGCUACUGCAGAGCAGCAACUUAAUCCCUAGGCACCUGUACUAAGCAUGUAGCAGAUGUGUGCCAGUGUGUGCACAAAAGGCUCAUAGUCACAUUAUCUGUAAUACAGUUUGGGAAUUUAGCUCAGUAGUAGAGUGCUUGCCUAGCAAGAGUAAGGCCCUAUGUUCAGUCCUCAGCUCUGGGGUGAGGCGGGGAGGGAGACAAAAUAGCAAAAAAGACAAAAAAAAAAAAAAAAAAAAAAAAGGAUAACUGGCAUACAUUAUUUGUAAUAGACGUGUUGUAAAAGUCACAUUGCUCAAAUGUAGAGUGACUGGAGGAACACGGUGUUUGUAAUGUGGACAGAUACAGCAGAGCUCUCACUAGUGAUGACUUCUAUUUCCCUCUUGUCUGUGUUCCUUCUGUGGGUUUGCUUAAACAAAUCAAUGUUUUGUAUCUAUUUUAUAUCUAACUUGGAAGAAAAUACACAUAAGAACCCAAUAGAAGAUGUAAUGAAGAAUCUUCGUAGCAUAUAGGAAGUGCUCAGUGAAAACUGUUGCCAUGGAUAUAGUAGUGUUUACUGUAGUACUAACAUGUCUGAGGUGGAGGCAGAAGGCAAGCCUGGACUAGAGGAAAACCUGUCUCUUGUUAGCUAAAGGAGCAUUAUUAGCUCUUAUAUUUCGGUCUCUUAAUUGUAUCAUGAGACAUCAAGUGAUUGAGCCGGUAACAUCUGCAUUUGUUCACAUACACUUUAAAAUGUUCCCACACUGUCACAGAAGGGAUAGGGCUCAUGAGGGAGGGCCCUUCAUUCCCUGAGGAUUUGUACAAUUGAUGGUUGAUGAUGCAGAAAAAGAUAUUUCUUCUGUUGUCGUAUAGACACUGGUUAGGUGCCCAUGCUCUUGUCGAUAACCCUAAUGAAGCUCAUUGGGUCACCCCCCACCUCUAAA